AUGAAAUUUCCAAUCGAGACUCCAAGAAAACAGGUGAACUGGGAUCCUAAAGUGGCCGUUCCUGCAGCAGCGCCCCCGGCGUGCCCGCCCAAGGCCGCCGCUAACGGGGCUCCGCCGGCGCCUCGCCUCGCCGUGUCCUCCCGAGCCGCGGUCGUAGCCAGGAUGGAAGGCGCGGCCCAGGGGGGCCUGCAGACCGUCAUGAAGUGGAAGACAGUGGUUGCCAUCUUCGUGGUCGUGGUGGUCUACCUCGUCACGGGUGGUCUCGUCUUCCGGGCGUUGGAGCAGCCCUUUGAGAGCAGCCAAAAGAACACUAUCGCCUUGGAGAAGGCGGAAUUCCUGCGGGAUCAUAUCUGUGUGAGCCCCCAGGAGCUGGAGACGCUGAUCCAGCACGCUCUUGACGCCGACAACGCGGGAGUGAGCCCAGUAGGAAACUCUUCCAACAACAGCAGUCACUGGGACCUUGGAAGUGCCUUUUUCUUUGCUGGAACGGUCAUCACCACCAUAGGGUAUGGGAAUAUUGCUCCAAGCACUGAAGGAGGCAAAAUCUUUUGUAUUUUAUAUGCCAUCUUUGGAAUUCCACUCUUUGGUUUCUUAUUGGCUGGAAUUGGAGACCAACUUGGAACCAUCUUUGGGAAAAGCAUUGCAAGAGUGGAGAAGGUCUUUCGAAAAAAGCAAGUGAGUCAGACCAAGAUCCGGGUCAUCUCAACCAUCCUGUUCAUCUUGGCUGGCUGUGUCGUGUUUGUAACAAUCCCUGCUGUCAUCUUCAAAUACAUCGAGGGGUGGACGGCCCUGGAGUCCAUUUACUUUGUGGUGGUCACCCUCACCACGGUGGGCUUUGGUGAUUUUGUAGCAGGGGGAAACGCCGGCAUCAAUUACCGGGAGUGGUACAAGCCCCUGGUGUGGUUCUGGAUCCUCGUUGGCCUUGCCUACUUUGCUGCUGUCCUCAGCAUGAUCGGAGAUUGGCUACGCGUUUUAUCUAAAAAGACAAAAGAGGAGGUGGGCGAGAUCAAGGCGCACGCGGCCGAGUGGAAGGCUAACGUGACGGCCGAGUUCCGGGAGACGCGGCGGCGGCUGAGCGUGGAGAUCCAUGACAAGCUGCAGCGCGCCGCCACCAUCCGCAGCAUGGAGCGCCGGCGCCUGGGCCUGGACCAGCGGGCGCACUCGCUCGACAUGCUCUCGCCCGAGAAGCGCUCGGUGUUCGCCGCGCUCGACGCGGGCCGCUGCAAGGCCUCGUCCCAGGAGAGCAUCGACCACCGGCCCAACAACCUGCGGCUGCAGGCGUCCGAGCCGCUGCAGAAGCGCGGGCAGGGCGCCUCCGAGGACAACAUCGUCAACAAGCUGGGCUCCGCCUCCAGGCUCACCAAGAGAAAGAACCGCGACCUCCGGAAGGCCCUGCCCGAGGACGUGCACAGGUUCUACAGGACCCUCCGCCACUACUCCCUGGACGAGGAGAAGAAGGAGGAGGACACGGACAAGGGGUGCGGCUCGGGCCACUCCAGCACCGCCGUGCUCACCGACUGUGCCCAGCCGCCGGCCGGCGCGGGGGACAGCGUGGGACCCGCCGACGCCCAAGACGCGGAGCGUGACAGCAGCGCGCUGCUCGAAGCCAGAAACUAA